UUUCCUUCCCUCUCCAGGCUCUCCUGUUUGGUGGACCGGCGGCCCAAACAGUUCCUCUUCCCUCACUAUAAGAAUCGAAACUAGGGUUUUCCUAACACUACGAAGUUUGCGAAUUGGUGCAGCGGCUGCCUCAUCUUCCUCUCGUGCCAGAGCUCAGGAUGGAUAGUCAGGUGAAGCUUGCUGUUGUGGUGAAGGUGAUAGGUCGAACAGGAUCCAGAGGUCAGGUGACCCAGGUGAGGGUAAAGUUUCUGGAUGACCAGAAUCGGCUUAUUAUGAGGAACGUGAAGGGACCCGUCCGGGAGGGAGAUAUUCUCACCUUGCUUGAGUCUGAAAGGGAAGCUAGGAGGUUGCGUUGAGUGUUGGUUCAACACUGUUAUCGUUUGAUUUGUUUUUUAUAGCACCUAAUUUCUGGCUAAGAUUCGUGGUUAUGGCAAUACUUCGUGGUCUAAUCUUCGGAGUAUCAGUUUUGAACUUGUAAUGAGGAUGGAUGAGUCCAAUACUAAUACUUAAGAUGGGGAAACUGUUUUUGAGGUAA